AUCUCAAUCAUAUGUCUAGACAGUAAAAAUAAUCACUCAAUAUUCAUUGAAGGCUACCGUGCUCAGGGAGCAUGGGGGAGGGGACGAUGGGUGGGAGAGAAGCGCCCACCACACGCCCUGAGGCAGAACGUGUGUUUACAAAACAGUGAAAACUUGUGACGGUGCCUUGCGAACAAUUAUUCAGCUUAGGACACCUUAUCCAAUUAUCUUUAUCACCAGCGAUUACUCUCUAGAACUUGGGGAGUACCUGGACAAUAUAUCUACAAGGAAAAAUUCCUAGAACAUGUGAGUUACAGAGGAUGGUGUCGCAGCUGUUCACAGGCUUCACUCAGAGCCUUCCAGGUGUGCCUGGCCCUCUGGUCUCUCCCAGCGCCCUCAAGGGCUCAGUCCCAGCUCCAAGCGCCCUCAGGGGCUUAACCACAGCUCCCAGCGACCACUAUUUUAUCGAAUUCACGUGCCAGGACCAGCCAGUAGGACGGGUUGUCAUCAAGGUGUUGGAAGGCACGGGUCAGCUGGGAUCAGAAUUUGCAGCCUUACUGACCGGGAAACGUGGAUUCGGGUAUAAGGGUUCGCGUGUUUUCGCCUGCUGCCAGAACGAGUGGAUCCUUCUGGGCGACCUGCUGUACGACGCCCCGCGGGUCCUCACUCCCCGCAACCACGACUGGGACCCCAUGGAGGACGACGGGUGGGAGGAGAGCAGGGAAGGAUUCCAACCCUCACGCGACACGUCGAGAAGUGCUGACGGAGAGGCCUCGCCCCGCAUCCUUCACAGCGGCUAUACCGGAGUCGUUGACAGUCAGGACACGUGUCACGGGGACGUCCGCGGGGCGGUGGUGGCCGUGGCGGCUGACCUUCACCUGGAGACGCUGACCUGGAGCCUCGGACCACAGGUUAAGAUCUGCCUGAGUGACAGUCUUAUCAGGUCCGGGCGGGCGCUGGGGCAAGUGACGGACGGACUCCAUGUCAUCCAGCGCCUGUCACAGAUGAGUGAAUAUGGUAACUUUGAGCCCACAGCCAGGAUCACAAUCAGCGAGUGUGGCUCCUGCUGACACUCGUCACCACCUCUGCUGACACCGCCGCUUCUGCUGACAAUCACCGCUGUCUCCUGAUGUCUCCAAGCUUAUGACACUAUACAGGAAACUCUGGACCCAUCCGUCAACGCCAGGGUUCCUUCCUUUCCCUGUAGUUGGAUUCCAGACCAGGUUUCCAGGUGGUCAGCUUGGUGAACCAGGUUGUUGGUGGUACCACAAGGCAUGCCAGGGACGGUGACAUCUUUCUAAUGUAUCCUUCUCGAGAAAAGAAACUCCUUAAGUUUCCCCCCCAAGCACAUUUUAUUGUCUUCCCCCAUCAUAGUUAGGGUAUACGUCUUCACCCUGUCCUCUGUGGCUCUAGUGACCCCUGGAGCCGUCUUCACCCUGUCAUGUGUGGCUCUAGUGACCCCUAGAGCCGUCUUCACCCCUGUCAUCUGUGGCUCUAGUGACCCCUGGAGCCGUCUUCACCCUGUCCUCUGUGGCUCUAGUGACCCCUGGAGCCGUCUUCACCCCUGUCAUCUGUGGCUCUGGUGACCCCUGGAGCCGUCUUCACCCUGUCAUCCGUGGCUCUAAUGACCCCUAGAGCCGUCUUCACCCCUGUCCUCUGUGGCUCUAGUGACCCCUGGAGCCGUCUUCACCCUGUCAUCUGUGGCUCUAGUGACCCCUAGAGCCGUCUUCACCCCUGUCAUGUGUGGCUCUGGUGACCCCUGGAGCCGUCCUCACUGCUCAACAAGCAAAUUACUACAGAAACAAACUUUCCAUUAUGUUCUACCUCAGUGUGCUCUCCUUUAUGUUGUUCUCUUGAUGAACCACCGAAGAGCCUGAUGGAGGGAAAUUUCCCUCACUUAAUGCUCCUGUAAUGGAGCAAUUUAUGCACAUUUUGAGGCAAGAAUGAUUAAACAUGUUUACCCACAACACAGUUUUUCUGAAUAGGUCCACUGAUUGUACAGGCACAUCUAUAUACAUAUAGAUGUGUAUACACCGUUACACACGAUGGGUUCACAUGGGAUAACGACUGUCACUAAAAAAAAAGUUUCUAUAAACUUAGACAUAAAAACAAUUUAUUUGAACAUUUAUGAUAUGAGGCAAUAAAUGAGGAUGAGAGGAGGUGUGGGAGGAGCGUGGCACUGACCGUCGGAGUGGUCGAGGAAGCUGCCGAAGACAAAGUCGAGGGCUGCGAGGACUACGAGGAGGAGGAGGAUGAACUGGACCUUGAUGACCCACUUGACACCUGCCACGUUGAUGAGUGCCAGGAUCAGCAGGGCACCGCAGCCCAUGGCCUUCUCUGCCCACACUCCUGGCACUGACACCAGCUCUGCCAUCGACUCCCCGAACCCAGUGACACACAGCGAGAUGCCCACUGUCUGGGGGAGAUGUUCUGGGGGUAAUAUAUGUAUGUGUAUGUAUAUAUGUAUACGUAUAUAUAUAUAUGUACAUGUAUGUAUGAGUAUGUGUACAUGUAUAUAUAACAUUAAUAAUUUUGUAAUUUGCGUCAAAAGAUUGUUAUUUGCUUAGCUCAAAAUGUCUAGUGGACAUUUAUCAAGCCAAUUUCUCUCAUGAAAACUCGAAAAAGCAUUAGCAAGUGCAAAGCCUAAUGGAGAACCCAUUGCUACGCCAUCAAUUUGUUUAUAAUAUUUAUUAUUAAACAUAAUAACAGUCUUUAACUGCCAAUUUUAACAACUGUCUAAAUAUCUUACUACAAAAUCCUGACACUAAAUUAGUGUCAGCGAAUAACUGAUUUACACAAAUGUCAAUAGUUUCCAACAGAGAAAUGUUAGUGAAGAGUCAUUCUAUAUCAAAACUAGCCGUUAUAGUAGGGAACUCAUAAUUCAAUGAGGAAAGUUCCUUUACAAAAUCCUGAGAGUUUCUCAGAGUAAAUUCAUUACAAGUUAAUGGUUCUAAUAAUGGAACUAAAAACUUUGCCAGUUUGUAAUUAAAAGUACCAAUCGCUGACAAAAUAGAACGAAACGGUAUACCUGUUCUAUGAACAUUAGGCAUCCCAUAUAAAAUGCCUGGCUUAGAGCCUGUUGCGAGCAUUUUUGUGUAAUCAAAGAGAACGUCUUUCAGACUUCUUACAACUCUAUUCAAUUUAUCUUCACAUUUCAAAAUACUGAAAGGGAUCAAUAUUAACCAACAUAAAUACGAGACGUAUUGCUUUUUAAAUUAAAGAAUCUGAAACAAGA